ACGUCCAUUGCAUUUCAUAGCCAUGGCCUCAAACGAUCCCGGUCUUGCACAGUUAGGCGCAGAGGCCAACGAGCCCAUCAAAGGAGCAGUCCAUAGAUCAAUCGACCUCGAGGGAGCCGAAUGUCCAGUGGCAUCCGACCAGUUAGACGAACGCUACGAGACUUCGCGUUUGGAGAUCUGGUCUUGGUAUCUAUACUACUUCCAAAAUCUACUUUACCAGAAAGCUGGAGAUAGUGAGAUCUUGCACUUCCUUGGGUCCGAUCGCACAAUCAACUCCAUUGUGCUACUCAGCAACGGAAUAUCCUUUGCCAUACAGGUUGUUCUGUUCUUGAUCUUGGGAGCUUACGCAGACUUUGGUACAUUACGUUCCAAGAUCUUGAUCGGACUUUCCAUUGUUGCCUAUGCCAUUGGCUUCGCAUGGCUCGGUGUACAUACACCGGACAAGUGGCAGAUCGGAGUUGGCUUAUACAUUGUAGGACUGAUUGGGUACCAACUUACGCUUAGCUAUUGGAGUGCAGCUUUUCCUGGUCUGGCUAGAAACACCAAAGAAAUCCGAGAAAAGGCACGGGAUUGUGCAGAUGGUACCAUCACUCGUGAAGAGUACGAUCAUGCAGACAGUAUGAAAAGGAACGAGUUAAGCAAUCUCCGACAAUCUUUCUGUUACCUCAUUGGAUAUUUCUUGCUAGGAGACUCGCUGAACACCAUUGUGACGGUUAUUGGCACUCUCCAGAAUGCUGUGGUCACUUACAAUACGCUCGAGUUGACGUAUCUUCUCCUCGUUGGUAUUGCCGCUCAGGCUGUGGGAAUUGGUGGUUUCUGUAAGCGAAGCUGGACCUGUCUUUCUUAUGUCUUUGCUAAAUAUAUUAGGGNNUUUGUGCAAAGGCGCUAUGGACUUUCUACAAAGACAAUGUUCAACGCUGUUGCUGUUGGAAUCAUUCUGCUGGCCGCCUGGGGCAUGAUUGGUAUUUUCACUCAGCAAGUCUUCUAUGGCCUUUUCGUCUGUCCAUGGUAUUCCUACAGUUUGGUCAUGAUCUCGGAGGUUACUCCCCGUGGCAAGGAGUAUCUGUUCUUCUCCUUAUUCUCCAUGGUUGGCAAGACGUCGGCCUUCAUUGGUCCUUCGCACAACAAUAGCACCCCGUUCUACUUCCUGCUCGCUCUCAGCUUGGUCAGCUUCUUGUUCAUCUUCUUUUUCGUUGACUUGAGCAAGAGUCAAGUCGAGCAAGCUGAGUUUUUGCGCAAGGAGAAAGAGGCUCGUGGCAAGGACAUU